CUCACGUGUGUUUCUCUCGCAGUGCUCAUGACGGUGAUGACGAACGCGACGGAGAUCUCAGCGAGGUUAAACAGCACCUACAGGUGUGUGAGCUCCAGCACCGUCAGUCUGAGCGCCGAGGUCAACCUCACCUUCUCUGAUGUGCGCAUGGAGGCUUACAUGCGCGGAGCUAACCUCAGCACAGACGGUACCUUCUUGACACUGAAUAACUCCACUACACAGAAGUAUUACCUGAGCGCUGUGAACGUCUCUGCCUUCUGGCCUGACAUGACAGACCGGUUCGUGGAGGGAAACGGCUCUCUGAACUUCCUGCAGUGCAGCGUGGGCCGCUCGUACGUGUGCAGCGCGGAGCAGACGCUCUCCGUUGUGCCCAGCUUCUCCAUAAACACCUUCAGACUGCAGCUGCAGCCCUUCAACGUCACCGCCAGCCGCUUCUCUGCAGGUACUGACCGCCGCUCGUGACCGGAUGCAGUCCAA